GCCGGAAGUGACGCAUAGGGAAAGGUGUACUUCCGGUCUGCAAGGCCGUGCUCUAAUCCCGGGCCGGCUUCUCUGGCUUGCUGUCUCUGCUGCUCUGGAGGAUUUACGCUCGAUCUGCAAAGUGCCUCUGCCGAAACCAUGACCAGAUGGGCUAGAGUGAAUACCUCAAAUAAUAGGAGACCCUUGUCUGCGACAUCAUGGGAGGACAUGAGGGAGGGGUCUGCAGGGAGUGCAGACCGGAACCUUCCAAAGCAUAAACAACGCCAAAUCAGUAGGCUGCCCCUUAAAAAUGAUUCCCCUCAAGCAAAACAUAAAAAGAACAAGAAGAAAAAAGAGUAUUUAAAUGAAGAUGUGAAUGGAUUCAUGGAAUACCUGAAACAGAACUCGCAGAUGCUUCACAAUGGGCAGUUGAUAGCCGCAGACAGCCGGGAAGUACGGGAAGAGAUUGCAGUGGCCUUAAAGAAAGACAAUCGACGGGAAGAAAGACGGUUAAAAAGGCAAGCAGCAAAGAAAAAUGCGAUGGUAUGUUUCCAUUGUAGAAGGCCUGGCCAUGGAGUCGCCGAUUGCCCAGCUGCGCUGGAGAGUCAGGACAUGGGCACUGGCAUCUGUUACCGCUGCGGGUCCACGGAGCACGAGAUGACGAAGUGCAGAGCUAGCGUCGACCCCGCUCUCGGUGAAUUUCCUUUUGCAAAAUGUUUUGUCUGUGGAGAAAUGGGGCACCUGUCUAGAUCCUGCCCCGAUAAUCCCAAAGGCGUCUAUGCUGACGGUGGCGGCUGUAAACUCUGUGGCUCUGUGGAACAUUUUAAGAAAGAUUGCCCUGAAAAUCAGAACUCAGAUCGGAUGGUCACAGUUGGUCGAUGGGCAGCAGGAAUGAGUGCCGACUAUGAAGAAGUCCUAGACACACCCAAACCGCAGAAACCAAAGACUAAAGCACCCAGAGUUGUUCAUUUUUAAUAAGAAUUGGUACUGCUGGUGACUACCACCUCACUGUUACUUUCCACAGUAGGCCUUUACAGCUCAGAGCUGGCUUCCCAUGGAGGUGAGCUUGUGUUAGAGACACCACCCUGACCUAGGUGAAGUCAAGGUACCUGUAUUCUGUCCCUUAGGGAGUACAGGGUGUGUGUGUGUGCGUGUGUGUGUGUGUGUGUGUGUGUGUGUGUGUGUGUGUGUUUGAAGCAGACUGUAUGUAGCCCAGGUUGGCUUCAAACUAGUAAUCCUGCCUCAGCCCUUGAGUGCUGAGAUUACAGGCAUCUGCCUAGGAAUGUAAUUCAACAGGCAGAGCUUGGACAUAAGGAAGCGCCUAUGCACUUGGCUAACUCUGUCUCUGCAUCAAAAUUGACCAGUCCUAAACAAAACACACAGCUUCAAGUUUGUGAAUAAGUAAAAUUUUGUUAUUUUUUUCAGAGUAUCAGUUUAUUAUAAUAGAAAUUUAUUUAUAUAUUGUCAUAAAAUCUGGAAUUUUUAGUACCAAAUAAAUUUUAUCAUCUGUU